AUGUCUGUCUUUUUCGACUCUCCUAUAAGUGAGGAUCUUGUGGCGGUGGGCGACGCAGAAGCCGUGCUGGAAAGCAUCGGUGUUACCGAUGGCAUACCAGCAAAUGAAUCCCAGGACUACCAUCAGCUGUUAGCUGCUGUUCAUGAUGUUGCGGAACACAUACUACAAUUACCGGACUAUACGGCACGGACAGAUACUGAGAAGUACCCGCGAGAGCAAAUACAUCGACCAUCCGCAGAUGAGCAGGAUUUUGGUAAUGCUUGGGCCCACAAGUUUCUCAUAAGUGGCAAUCCAAAAGGAAGCUUGUUGAGAGGAAAGACGCUAUGUCUCAAAGAUAAUAUCGCAGUGGCUGGAGUGCCACAGUUCUUUGGAACUGAUGCCAUCCCUGCGUGGACACCUGAUGACGACGCCACCGUAGUUAGACGAGCACUAGAUGCCGGUGCUGACGUCGUGGGAACGACUAUAUGCGAGAACUUCUGCAACUCUACCUCGUCCUUUACUUCGGCACAAGGUACCGUCCACAACCCAUAUGCAAGGGGUUACUCUGCUGGUGGCAGCACAUCUGGUGGUUCCGCAGUAGUCGGCGGGGGUCUUGUAGACAUCGCAAUUGGUGCCGAUCAAGGUGGAAGUAUCCGCGUCCCGUCAUCUUUCUGUGGCUGUGUCGGACUGAAGCCAACACAUGGCCUAGUCCCUUACACUGGGAUAUCCAGCGGCGACGCUAUCAAUGAUCAUGCCGGGCCCAUAGCAAGAUCAGUAAACGACGUAGCAUUAUGCCUUGACGCAAUCAGUGGAAAAGACGACUACGAUGAUCGUACACUUGGUGCACCGACACACGGUUCUACACAGUACGCAAAAAGUCUCCAAAAGUCGGUCGCAGGAUUGAAGAUUGGCAUUCUCAAAGAAGGCUUUGAGCAUCGACUCGUCAACCAAGAUGUCAGGUCGACCGUGAGGAAGGCCGUUCAGUCUUUCGAACGUCUCGGUGCUACCGCCGAAGAGAUUUCGCUACCUCUCCAUCUAGAAGGACCAGCUAUUUGGACCAUCCAACAGCGGAUCGCAGGUACUCUCAACAUGUUGGGCUAUGCGCACGGUCGAAGAGGUCUCUUCUCAACAGCCUACGAGGCCGCAAGACAGCCAUGGACGAACGAAACUUUCCAGAAACUCUUCCCAUCCACGAAAAAUACCAUGAUCAACGGCCUCUCUCUUAUGCAAAACUAUCCAGGUCUUUAUGCGAAGACUAUGAACCUCGCUCAACAGCUCCGAGACUCUUAUGAAAAGCUUUUCCAAGACUUCGAUCUUAUUGUCAUGCCAACGACACCUUUUGUAGCUCCACCGAACAUAGAUUGGAAGCGAGGGGAGGAUGCACCAAUGGAUGCACUGAAGCCAAGUAUGGGCAUCACCAUCAAUACCGCUAUCUUUGAUGUCACAGGUCACCCGGCCAUGUCACUUCCCGUUGGAUUUGCCCCUUCGGGUGUCGAUCCUGAAGUUAAAUUACCGGUUGGCAUGCAACUAGUUGGUGGCCUAUGGCAAGAGCAGAAGAUACUAAACGCGGCUUUCGCGUGGGAGUCGGCAAACGACUGGAAAAGGAUUGGCUUUUCAAAAGACCAAGAUUCAAGGCUUGCCACGAAGCUAUGA